GCUCGGCGUCCCUGUGUAAACAAGCCCUUGGUAUACGCUGUUGUUUUUCACAUUGUGCCGUGUAUUUCGCUUGGUAUUGCUUUUCCUACGUGCCGAUUGCAAUGUCGGACUACUACAGCGGCCUCAGCGAAGUGGACAGAGCCCGUUAUGACGCGAAGCUGCGUGUAAACGGUGUGGACUACGGCGAUCCGUACCGCGUGGACGCCUCGGAAUGGACGUUGACGGGUCGGCGGUGGCCCCCCGUUACUAUGAUAAACAUAACAGUGUAUCUGCUUUUCACGCCCAGCCGAUUUACGCCGGACACAUUGCAGGCGUACAAGUCCCUGGAGGCGUACAACUACUUCGAGUCAGGCCAUGUACGUGACGUCCGACUGUGGCAGCCUGACAGGCACGAGUUGUGUUUUGUGCGGGCGAAUGUCAAGCCAUCGCAGAGGGCAACUGGCCCACCCCAUGACGCAUGGGUAUGCCUGGACCAUAAGACAGGUCAAGUUUACUGUGGCCACUGCACAUGUAAAGCGGGUCUGGGUGAGGUCUGCAGUCAUGUAGCUGCACUUUUGUUCUGUGUGGAAUACACGGCCAGAGUGUCCCAGGAAGACUCGUGUACCUCUCAGCCGUGUGCAUGGACCAGGACGGUCGCAAGAAAGGAGGACAUGGUCCCUGUCCACCAGCUGGACCUCAGCAAGCCCGGAAUGCCGAGCCGAACGCUUCCCGAAGAACCAAACCAUGUGUCCGGGGAUUUCCAGCUCGCCGACAAAGCCCUCUUCGAAGAGAUUCACCGACUGAACCCUCAAGCAGUUGUCCUGAGGUCCAUCCCAAAGAUGGACGACGAGGACACCGACUCCGCCUCAGAGGACGAACAGUCCUACACAUUUCUGAGGAAAGUCAGGAGAACAAGAUCAACAAGGAUGUCGCUCCCACAAGACAUGUUUGUGCCCAUGAGAGAAAUUGAGAGGAUAGAAAAGAGCACGAGACGGCAGGCGACAACACUUAUGUGGCGGGAGGUUCGCUACGGCAGAAUAACUGCUUCCAUCAUCAACAAGGUGCGCACAAUGCGAGACACUACAUCCCCAAAGGCCAUCCUCGACCUCGUUCUACUAAGAACCCCGCCACUGACCACCGAGGCCAUCCGCUGGGGUGUCGAGAAAGAGCCCGAAGCCAAGGAGACAUAUCAGAAGUUCAUGGAGACUUGCCACAGCGACUUCAGGCUUUGCACUGUUGGGUUCGUGAUCGAUAAGAAGGUUGUACCUGCUGCCAUUAUUCUCUUCGUGUUUGAGUGUGCAAGGACAGACAAAGCUUGCACAACUUUCUUAAUUUAUAUCUUAAUCAGCUGGUGCCAAUAACUGAAGCACUCUUCCCUUGUUCCAUUUCACAGCCUCAC